CACUCACACACACACACACACACCCCAGCCGCUGACGACGGGAACCUUUGGCAACCUGUUUGGGUCGUAUGGGUUGGGUCCGAACCACGCACAGAUACCCGAAGGUUUAUAUCCAGGCCAUAGGGCGCGGGAAGAAACCAUGACCGCAAGCAUUCCAUGUGAUCUUGCUGCGGGAACCGUCAAUUCACAUCAACUUGAUUACGCCUGAAGCUUAAGUGAAUGCUGGCUUCCAACGACAGUUGCGUUCCAAGCUCUACUUUGCGACUGUCAAGACCGACGAAGGAAUUGAUUCAGCAACGUCACGAUGGACUCCUCGUACGCUGCGCGCCACGAGAAAUUUGAGAUUUCAGAGCUUGAAAAUGGCGAGCAUGAGCCUGUCACAAAGAAAGGGGAGAUUGAGCGAAUCGAUGCGAUUGCCACGGCGCAAGGCACAACACUGGCUUCCUUUGCGCAUCUGAACGAGAAGAAGAUUCUGAGAAAGAUGGACGUUCGACUCAUUCCGAUGCUAGCUUUGCUCUACCUACUCUCAUUCCUGGACCGUGGAAACAUCGGGAACGCCAAGAUUGAAGGCCUCCAGGAAGAUCUGGGAAUGAAUGCUGAUCAAUACAACUGGUGCCUCACCGUAUUCUUCUUCACCUACGCCGCAUUCGAGGUCCCGAGCAACCUGCUGCUGAAGAAGCUCCGCCCGAGCGUGUGGCUGCCGACCAUCAUGGUUGCGUGGGGCGUCGUCAUGACCUUGAUGGGGAUCGUGAAGAACUAUCAUGGCCUGUUGAUCGCCCGGGUAUUUCUUGGAGUGACGGAAGCCGGAUUGUUCCCCGGUGUUGCGUACUACUUGACAAUGUGGUACUGUCGCCACGAGAUCCAGCUCCGCCAAGCCAUGUUUUUUUCGGCGGCUUCCAUCGCCGGCGCUUUCAGCGGUCUCCUCGCGUUUGCAAUCUCUAAGAUGGACGGCAUCGGCGGGCUAGAGGGGUGGCGCUGGAUUUUCAUCCUCGAGGGCAUCGUGACGGUCCUCGUAGCGAUCAUGGCGUUCUUUGCCCUGCAUGACUUUCCCGAGACGGCCAAGUUCUUGACUGAAGAAGAGCGAGCCUUCAUUGUCUUCCGACUAAAAUAUCAGGGUCAGGUUCAGGGAAAGCAGGAGAAUCGCGUGCAGGUUGCCGAGGCGGAGGAGUUCAAGUGGAAAUACGUUGUGGACGCGUUUACCGAUUGGCAGAUUUGGGUCAAUAUCUUUGUUUACUGGGGUAUCGUGUGCCCGCUCUAUGGAAUCAGCUUGUUCCUGCCGACUAUCAUCCGAAACCUGAACUACACGUCCAGCACAGCGCAGCUGAUGACUGUACCGAUCUACAUCACGGCUGCAAUCCUCGCCGUCAUCGUUGCAUAUCUAUCAGACAGAGUGGGCAAGAGAAGCCCGUUCAUCAUUGGCUUCUUGUGCAUGAUGAUUGUCGGAUUCUCAAUGUGCAUAGCCAGCUCGAACCCCAAAGUGGUCUAUGGAGGCGUCUUCAUAGCCGCUUGCGCCAUCUAUCCGGCCUUUCCAGGAGUCAUCAGCUGGCUCUCCAACAACCUCUCCGGAAGCUAUAAACGCAGCGCGGGAAUGGCACUCCAAAUUGGCGUGGGAAAUCUUGGUGGUGCCAUGGCAUCCAACUUUUACCGACAAAAGGAUGGCCCGCGGUACAUCCUGGGCCACGCCCUCGAGCUCGGAUUCAUAUCGGUCGGUAUCAUCGCUGCGUUGAUACUCAUCUUCAGCUACAUCAGCAUUAACAAGAAGCGCGACCGGAAGAUGGCUACUGGAGAAGACAGUAAGUUUACCGCGGAGGAGCUGUCAGGGCAGGGUGAUCGAGCGGUCACCUUCCGUUACAUGUGGUAGAUUUUGUGCGGCAGAAACCUCAAAAACAUAGUCGCCAACGUCAUGGCGUUCAGAUAAAUGAGAUAUGAGAAAUCCCCAUUGAACUCUAGAAUUCAAGUCUCCG